UGUUAAAAACUUGCAUCGCUAUCGUCAGCGUGCCGCUUCCGAAAUGAAGUCCGUUGUAUGUUUGGUGUUAUUAAUUUUGGCUGCUGAAUCAGCUAGGUUGAACCACCCUCGGGUGCUACUGCCAAUAUUUGAGUCGAGGAGCGUUAACUUUACUUUGGAAGUUGACGAGGCUAACUGCUACAAGUGGUCGUCCUCGCGCCAGGACUUGAUUUCCGUCAUGCCCAUCUACAAGGGCUUCAAUGAAUGUGCAUACCAGGCGGUGGUGACGGUUCGGACUCAUGAGCGGCGCCGGAACACGGCGAUCGUCUUGGCCGAGGAUGUGCACACGGGCGAGACGCUGCGGUCCGAUGUAAUUGUGGAUGCCAUCGCCUCCCUUAACGUGCGCACAGCCACGCGCCAGCUUUACCUGGAGGAGGCGCCCGCCAUGUUUGAGCUUCACGCCUUUGAUGAGCAGGGCAAUGAGUUCUUCACUUUGGAGGGGAUUGAGUUUGACUGGGACAUUUUGGAGGCCGGCAGCAACAAGCUUGCCGCAAUGCACUACCUCACGUUCACGGAUAGCCCCUACCAUACUGUUCCGCCCGCCCUGGAGAAGUUCGAGGCAGUGGGCACCAAGGGGUAUAUGAUUCUUCUUGAGGGAAUUAACACUGGCACUGCCAAGGUCACCAUUCGCAUGCCUCAGGCCGAGUACCGGCACGUGCCGCCUAUCGAAGUUUUCAUAAGCGUCCUGGCAAACAUUAUUAUAGAGCCUUCUGAGGUCACCAUUCUGAUCGGUGACUCCAUCUCUUUUCGUAUCCUGCAGCUGAAGAUGGACCGACAGCACGUCAUCGAUAAUAAUCAGUAUUACUUGGAGGUAGAGGACUCGAGCGUUGCUUUCAUGCAGGGAAACAGUGCCACGGGAGCUGCUCUCGGCCGCACACAGGUGUUCUUGCGUGACAGGAACAUGGCGGAAUCAGAUAAGGCCUCAAAAGGACCCAGUGCCAUACUGACCGUGGCGAAUCCCCAUAGAUUGGGAAUAAGCCUGCUGCCCCAUCUAAACUGGGUCACGGUGCAAGGCGAACGGAACGAAGUGGCCUUGGACCUUUUUGCUGCUGACGGACAGAAGAUUACGCUGGGCAGACGGUAUUCCAUCAGCUCAGAGGUAGAUGAGUCGUUGUUCGCCAUCGUUCAGAGGACACGAAACGGGAGUCGUCUUUUGGGUGAGGCGAAAAAGGAGGGCAUCACUCAGGUGUAUGGAUCAUAUAAAGACCUGUCGGUGCAAGCUGAGCUUCAGAUAUAUGAGGAGCUUCAACUGAUGCCUACCAAGGUUGUGCUGCCUUACGAUCCAAAUAGCUUGAAGCCGUUGAAGAUGCAGUUUCGUGCUUCUGGCGGCGACUACAACUACGUAUGGUUUUCUGGAAACCCGCAAGUCCUGCAAAUUGAUGCUCAGGGCCUGGCUACAACUGAAAUACGAGACGUUCGACCAUCCCUCGUAUCUCAUGAACUUCUUGAGGAUGGAAGUUUGCUAAACGGCCAUACUACCGUAAAAGUGGCGCUGGCCAAAAACCAGAAAAUCUCUCGUCUUGCACAAAUCUACUUCUUGGCCCCAAACCGCCUACAGAUUAAGCACAGUAACUUUGAGACCGCUCUGAAAGACUACGUGCAUGUUCAUGUGGGUGUGUAUGCGCGGAUUAACAAUUCAGACGUUCCCUACACGAACUGCGACAGCUUGCAGUUUCAGCUUGAUUUUAGCGAGCACAUUCUACAGUUGGAGGGUAACGAGGGGCCUGAGGAAACGGUCAGUGAAGCAUGUCAUGUGCUGCGGUUGCGGGCCACCGCCGUGGGGAGUACUUCACUACGCGUGUCGUAUAUGUUCCAGGACAAAGUUCUUCACGACAGCGUUGAACUAUACGUCUUCGAGCCAUUGAGCGUGCUUAAUCCCCUCGACAACGAGGUUGUGCUUCCCGUCGGAUCAUCUCGAAAUAUUAUCUACACUAACGGACCGCAGCGUAUUUUUACAGUUGCGGCGGAGCUCACAAAGUCUACUGCAUUCGACAACAGGGUAAUCAAGGUGUCUGAGGUAAACUUUGAUACACAAAAUGCUAUUACCGCAUUCACCGUGUUAUGUCGCGAACUAGGCGAAACGCUGUUAGCUUACCAAGUGCAUAAUAUCCUAGACACGCCUAGUUUUGCAGUCUAUCGCUCAAAGGUGACCACCAAAGUGCAUUGCGUGCGUCCGCGCUUCUUAAAGCUCUAUACUCGACACAACCUUCGUGAGUCCUGUCCACUAGAACAACGCUCUUCUCUGCUUUUCCUAAAAGACCGCGAAAACAAGUUUGAGAUUGAAAUUGAGGUGCAGGAUUCAAGUAAUCGUAGGCUCAUGAAUGUCAGCUCUCUAUGGCUGGAUUGGGAGUUUACCGCGGGUGACGAGCGCUACCGUAAGGACAAUAUUCCACAUCGUCAGAUCUCUGAGGUACAAUUCAUUCACGGAGUAAGCCUGCCGAACCGUGAUCUGCUCGUCCUGACAUUGAGCGACGUAGCGCCCAACAUACGCAUUAAGGGCAUCGUGUCUCAGUAUAACGACAAGCUCCUUUCCCAACAAAAUAUAUUCGCAGAACGUCCUCCGUUUGGAAUCAAAAAUCCUAAUACGGGCCUACUAAGUACUCCUCUGAUUGAAAAUGAGAUACGAUUCCACACCGUUAACAGCACAUUAUUGCCAAAAGAUCACGUGAGCAUCUUUCUGGCUUCGGACUACAGCGAACACAUACCCAUCGCUCAAGGGAGUGGUUACUUGCAGUUAGAGAUCUCCGAGGCGGGCAUCGUUCAGGUUGAGUACAAUGAAAAAUCACGCCUCCUAUUGCUAAAGCCACUGAAUUUUGGCCAUGUGCGUCUUGAAUUGACCGACCGCUGUUUGACGAACGAACCCAGCUAUCUGUCCGUCUCCGUUGUGGGAAUCGGGGCCAUUGAAGUAGCCAGCAUGGACCGUCUGGAACGCACUACUCGAAUAGAAGCGAUCGUCAGACUCUUUGACACCAACGAAAAACUCUUGCUCGUGGAUCGCAGCAAACUAAGUGUGUACGAUCUAUCCGUGUUGGUCUGGGACCAAAGUAUACUGAGCGUGCGCUUAGGUGAGCAGGACAACCUAGGGCCAGGAGAGAUCCGCUAUACCAUCACGGGAAACAACGUCGGCGAAACUAAGAUAGUUUUUCAGUCCGGAAAGUCCGCGGAGCAGGUAUCAAGUGAGCCGCUCAAUGUUCAGGUCUUUAACCCAAUUCGUCUCUAUCCGCGCGAUUUCACUCUCGUUGUGGGCAGUAGUAUUCAGAUCUAUUACCAAGGCGGUCCAAACCCAAAUACCAAUAUGGUAUAUACAGUGGAAAAGGAAAAUGUAGCAAGUAUAAGGUCAGACAUUAUUACGGCCCUUCAGGUGGGAACCAGCAAGAUCUUCGGCAAAUGCCUUUUAAAAAACCCCGUCACCGGAAAGGACGAGGUUGUCUCCCAAGACUUGGUGGAGUUACAUGUUGUUGCCCUUAAAGGAGUGGAGAUACGCACACCGCUGAUCCGCAUUCGUAGCGGGGCUGUAAUGCCCGCCACGUUGUGGGGCCUUUUUGAUAUAUCGCCUAUGGUCCUAGGUACUCUUAAAAACAUCAAAAUCUCCUGGAAAGUCAACCAACCGCAAGUGGUUGAGUUAUUUAACAUCUUCACGGCUGCGGGAAUAGAAUACCAAAGUGAAGAUUUAAUAUCGGUCCGAGUACGGGCCCUUCAUCCGGGAAGGGUUACAGUCACAGCAUCGGUCAGUUUGGCGGAUGGAAUAAUGCUACCACCAGCCACUGUUGAGCUAAUUGUUUUUAAAACACUGGAGUUACUGGCACCAAAUCCCAUCAAAAGGGAUUCCAUUUUGGCAGCGCCGCGAAGCAUAUUUCAGCUUAAAUCGAAUAUGGACGAUGUGAUCUAUAAGCUAGACAAUCAAAGCAGUGGAAUCGUCAACGUAACCCCAGAUGGCCUUGUGCACACAAAGGACACUCUUGGCCGUGAUCUUAUAAUUGCAAAAACAUCGGAUCAAACGCUGCCUAUCGGAAUCGAAGUAAAGAAUGUUCAAUACAUUUUGGUGACGCUGAUGCCAAACCUUAAAUUUAAAAAGGUCGCACACAAAGUUCCUCGAGGCAUGAACUUUAAGUUUAAAGUAUCGUUGCACGACAAUCUCGGUAAUGAAUUCUCCCACAACAUUGAGGAUCCAAAUGGACUGCGGUAUGAACUGGCCACCAAAGAUGUGGUCGAAGCUCAGAUAGAUAAUAAUCUGACAAUAACGCUGAACCUGCUACGGGAGACCAACAAUGUCCUCGCCAUUAGUCUAAGGGAUCCUUCGGGAGUCAAGCACGCCGAGGACUACAUCAAGCUGUCAGUCGUCGAGUCAAAGGACAUCUUUCCCACCAAGACUAUUUUCUCUGUUGCCGACAUCAUUUGCUUCGAUUCACCGCUAACGUUGUCAUCUAUUUGGAGCAGCUCGAAUGAGCGGAUUGUUUCCAUUAAUAGGCACACAGGUAUUGCCAGGGUGUUGAACCAUCGACAUAAGCUGGCCGAAAAGAUUGCGAUCACUAAUGGCGAUGAUGCCAAAAGCGCCGGGUUCAUAAAGUACGACCUGGAAGUUCGGGAGUCGGAUGAGAUUGUGUUUGCAAAGGCAUUGGACAUAUUUAGUGGAACAGAGUAUCAAGCACAGCUGGUUCUACGCAACCAUAUUCAAGCCGACAAGUUCAGUAACCUCAUUGCCCAAAACGUUUCUCAGUGUGCUGGGCAUCUGGAUAGCAUGCCGGUGGAUGUAUUUACAUGUCGCCUCUCAGCCAAAGAUUCGUUAGGUCGCCAAUUACUAAAAGUGUACAAAGUAGAGGCUUUUUUCGAUGCUAGCAUCGGGCAGUAUAUUUGUCGAGCUGAGCUGCUCUCCAGCUUUAUUGAGCUAUUAGCCAUUGUCAAGACUAACGACGUCUACUUGGAGCUGGAGGCGAAAAUGGCCAACGGUAAUUUGGAUAAAAUGUCAUUGAAAUUAGUACCUGGUGUCAAGGUUAUGCCCGAAUCAGUGCGAGUAACCGAUUUAAAGCCACAGGAGAUUCAUAUUAGUGGUCUGGACAAGGCACUGCAUAAGAUUCAGGUUAAACCAUCGGAAUCUAAAUUCUUUUCUGUAGACUUCAUUGAGCAUGGACAUGGUUUAAGCAAAUAUCGUUUGCGAUUCUUUGAGGACUUUCCGCUGGAUGAGCAUUUUUACAUUCUAGUCAUAUCACCGGAUACGGAACAGAGCAUCGAGAUUCCCAUUGUCGGCAGCACUAUGAUGGCCCAAAAAUGCAUUGACCGUCCCUAUGGUGGACCUCUAGUGUAUCGCUUGCUGGAGAACUUAGGCUUCGUUCUUACCACCACAGUUAUUGUAAUCAUUUCUGUCUGGGUAUACAUGUCUUGCUUCCAAGCUCAGGGCGUCACGCAAGUCAACUCUGAGGUAUUCCAAAAAAACAAAUCGGUAUCCAAGCUGGGCAGUGCCCCCAAAUUGUUGCAUCAGGACGAUACUUUUGGUGAUUCCUUAAACUCGCGAAAGUUUUCUCCAGGGCGACGAAGUCAGCAUUCUGAUUCAUUUUCAGAGGCGUAUGUUUAUGGACACCCACGGCUAAACUCUCCGAACAGAUCCGGAAACUCCUCUCGCUUUAAUUAGUUUUGGACCUUACUGUUACUGGUCUUUGGUAAAAAAAUAAUUCGAUUAAUUUAUUAUGUAAUUAGAUGGUUAGGUCGGCUGUUAAUCUUAAUGUUAGUUUACGGAUUAGUUAUUAAUUGUUAAAUGUCAUCAACAGUAAGAGUGAGAUUGCAACUGCCGUUUAUAGAAAUAAAUCUGUACUGAUAAAUUCAUACCAAACCUAGUCCAGGGGUCAAAUAAAAGUAUAAGCUAAGAAAUAUGGACAGGUUUAGAUGUUUACGUAUCAUUAGUGUUAUCAAUUUACAAAAUAAAGAUUUAACAAGAGAGAA